AUUUCAGGCAGCAAAGUGUAAACAGGACCUUUAUUUUGCUGCGAUGCCGUGACGUCAUAAGGCUGCGACGCACUCCUUGCAUUUGUUUAUUCGGCUGAAGAAAGGACAAACUCACAGAAAGCAUCCUGAUGAAGCGACUGACACUAUUAUAAAGAUGCCGUUUAUUAAAGAGGAGAGUGAAGACAUGAAGAUGGUGUUUAUUAAAGAGGAGAUUGAAGACAUAAAGAUGUCAUUUAUUAAAGAGGAGAUUGAAGACAUGAAGAUUGAAGAAACAUUCAGAGUGAAACAAGAAGAAACAAAGGAACAAACAGACCUAAUGAUGCUGAAAGAGGAGAGUGAAGUACUGAAUGAAAUGGAAGAGAAAGAUCAAUAUAAGAAUCACCAUGAUCUUAUAGCGGGCCAAAAAACUUUUAGUUGCUCGCAGACUGAAAAGACUUCCUCACGAAAAAGGGCUAUAAAGAUAGAAACUAGAAGGAUUUGUACAUGCCAACAGUGUGGAAACAGAUUUACUCAUAAAGGAAGCCUUAACAGGCAUAUGAGGAUUCACAAUGGAGAGAAGCCAUUCACGUGUCCUCAAUGUGGAAGAAGUUUCAAUCAACAUGGAAACCUUAAAGCCCACAUGACAAUUCACACUGAAGUGAAGCCUUAUCCCUGCCAACAGUGUGGAAAGAGUUUCGAUCAACAUGAAAAGCUUAACAUCCACAUGAGUAUUCACACAGGAGAGAAGCCUUACAUCUGCCAGCAGUGUGGAAAGAGUUUCACUCAAAAAGUAAGCCUUAACAGACACAUGAGAGUUCACACUGGAGAAAAGCCUUACACUUGCCAACAGUGUGGAAAGAGUUUCACUCAAAUUGGAAAUCUUAACAUCCACAUGAGUGUUCACACUGGAGAGAAGCCUUACACCUGCCAACAGUGUGGGAAAAGUUUUAAGCGAAAAGGAAACCUUAACAGGCACAAGAGUGUUCACGCUGAAGAGACACCUUACACCUGCAAACAAUGUGGGAAACGUUUCAACCGAAAAGAAAACCUUAAAAGGCACAUGGGAUUUCACACUUGAGAGAAGCCAUUUAUGUGGUCACCGUGGAAAAAGUGUUAGGUAUAAAGUUAUGAAGUUUUAGUUUGUCAUCCUCAUGAAAUGAUUUUCACAGACAGGAAACACCUCAUGUUUGAGAGAUUGUAUAAUGUACUGAUUACUGUUAUUGUACUGAAAUCCCUGUUAAUGUCCAGUGACUACAAGAGGAAUAAAGAAGCCAGAGUCAAGAAA